CUCCAUGAAUUUCCUUGUUUCCAUUAAAGGCAAAAGGCCCGUCACCAGGCAACAAAAUCAUUUCUCUCGUCCUCUCUAUAAUAUUUUCUCUUUAAUCUCCUUUCUCUAUCUGGAAAACCACUCCUAUAUUUAUACAUGUAUAGUAAGGAGCAAGAAACCCAGAGGAAGCGUAAUUAGGACAGAGAAGAGCAGAAUGGAACAGAGAAGCAGUCCCCACUACCAGCCCAGGUACACUAGGAACGAUGAGAUUGAAGUAUCUGCAAUCUUGCUUAAGCUUCCUAGUCUAAUCGUUGAAUCUGAGUGUGGCCUUCAACUACCAUUAUCCUGGGGUUCCAAAAGGCGGAGAUCUGCCUAUGAGACUCAGCGCCUCGUUCAUCUACCAUCAACACCGGUCCGUUCUCUUCAUGGGAUGGGUGGUCUUCUGGUCUCUGUCAUUGACCCCGAGAAGACCACCUUCAAAGUCCAGGCUUCGAGUUCGAGUCCUGCCACACCUCUCGCCUUCCCUCCGAGUGAAUCUGAUGAGAAGCCUAAGCGCUUGAAAGGAACAGCAUCUGUUAAGAAGACGAAAGAGGAGUGCCUCAAAAUUAUAAAGCAAUACACUCGGAUCAAUGAGUUACUGAUAAAGGAGAUAGAGCAGACCAGGCUUAAAUACGAGGAGCUGAAAGCAAACAAUUUGUGGCUGCAAGCAAAGAGACAAGAGCUAAGUCUUGGAAGUAUUAGAAGAGAAAAACCACAGUGGGAACUGAAAGCCAGCAAGAACAGCUUGAAUUUUAUGUUGAAACGUCGGCAGCCCAUAGUGAAAGCAUCAUCUACUGUGGUUGGAUACGAAGAUGAUCAUCAUCAUCGACCGUCGAUCAUGGAUACGACGGCUAACAAAGCAGGAAUAGCUGAGAGUUAUCAGUACUCAAAUGGCCAAACCCAGUCGUUGGCAUCAAGAACCGGAAGCACCAUCAGUGAAGAUGUGGGCCCAAGGGGUGUUCCUGAUCUCAACGUUUCUUCAUGGGAGUCUCUUAGGAUGGAUUUUGCUAACCCAGCCGAUGAAAAAUGACUCUAUCCAAGGAAAUGGCAGCUCAGGCUAGACAGACAAGGGAUGCAAAUUUGCAGGGACAAGAAUUCUUGUUCUAGUAGCAAACUAGGCGUCUCACAUGGAUGAUAUUCUUGGUUUUUCUUUUAAUGAAAAUUUAUCUGGUUAUGUAUAAAUAAGGAGAUUUUCGUCAAUUUACUCCUAAAUUUGAUCGAAAUAAUCAAAUAAAUCGGAAAUCUCGAUGUAAGUAUUUGUCUUUUUAGAAAAUUUUUUUUUUGAAGCUUUUUAGAUGUUAGUAACCGAAUAGAAAUAGGAGUCUGUAAUGUAAAUGCUUUGAUGUUACUGUAAAGUCGGAAUUCUAUGAUAGGUACAAUUUUUGUGCUGUA